AUGGCGCUCGAUCCUGUUGAUCUGGAGGCUGGAUGUGACGAGGCUCUGCGCUUGCUGCAGGGCCGGGCAACCAGGAGGAGCCUUGCUGUGGAACUCUCGGAUGCUGCGUGGACAAGCCCGACAGCUGGUGAGGCCAAGGGCUUCAGCUCCUUCGGUGGCAGGAUAUGUGCCUACGCCCUCGCUCUUUUCAUUGUGACUUCAUUUGCAGGAGUCUGCUUGGAGUGGCUCACACGGGGCCAGCUUUAUCGGACCCUGGUAGCUUUGCUCUUGAUCGCGGAGUGCUUAACAUCUGCAACGUACACAGUCGUGGUGCCUUUAUCCUACGACUUGGCGACCCAUUUUGGACAGGGAAGCGCCUUCUCUGGCCUGAUGGUGUCAGCCCCUUUUGCUGUCUACCUCCUGGGAGCCCUGCGCGCUAGAUGCGUCAUGAUUUCAUGGAACCAGAUGAAAGUCUGUCGGUACGCCUUGGUUGCCUACGGCAUCUAUGCUCUCAGCACUGCGCUGUCUGCGGCAGCUGUCCAUCCUCCAACCUUUCUGAGCCUCUCUGCCACUCUGCGGGUUGGUCUGCUACUGGCCUUGCGCAUGAGCUACGGCCUUGUCGACAGCGUCGGCGACGUCGUUCAGAUGAUGGUGGUGAAGGUUUGCCCACAAGCAGAGCUCGGGGAAAUCAUAGUCAGCAUCUUUGCUGCGAAUGCCUUGGGCUUCGGUGUGGGCCCUCUUCUCAGUGGUGCCAUUGGAGAAAUGGUGGCUACCUCGGACGUGGAGCUUCGGGCAGGCAUUCCGCUGAUUGUCUUGGCAUGUCUGUGGGCAGUGCUCGUCAUGGCCUUCUACCAUGCCAUUCCCCACGAGCUGGGUACAGCGCACAUGGUAUCCGGCAAGGAGGACAUUCAGGAGUCCGUGGAGGAUGUGGAUGCGGCUGUGUCCGAAUCUUGUGAUUUGGCAACCUCCAGGCAAGUCAUCUUCUGGACCGGCUUGGCUUAUGCCUUCCUGUGCGCCGUUCUGACCUCCUCACUGGAGGCCGGGACCGCGCUGGUACUGGAGCGCCACUUUCACCUCACAGCGCAGUCAAUCGGGCUUUUGCUGGGUAGCGCCUUCUGCGCAGCGGCACCGCUCACGGUGAUGCUGAGCUGGGCUCUUCCAGCUGAGAGGCCAUGGCCGGCCUGGGCUGCGGUGCCUCCGUUGAUAGCCACUGUUCUUCUAUUCAAAGGCCCAUACGCUCUCCUGGGUCUCACUGAACUACGCCUCUACGCCGUGCUCGCGGCUGACGUCGUGCUCUUCUCCAUAGCUCUCUGUGCCAACGGUGCGGUUGAUGCUGCCGCCUUGCAGCACAUGGCUGGUGGUACGAAACUAUAUUGCCGAGAAAACUACAUUAUUGCUGCGGCUACACUUCGAGCAGCUGGAAGCUUCGCUGGCCCUCCUGCAAUCCGGAUUCUGGCUUCCUAUGGCGAGGAGACUGGUGCGGUCAUGCAGCUUGCCGUGGUCGUGCUAGCUUUUGCAUGCGCAGCGGCCAUCAAAUACCUGGGCGCCUGGCUUCAUGAUACAGAGGCAGACCUACUGGCGGCUCAAUGCCGCCUGAAAGACAAGGUCGUCUCCCAGCGUGAGUGA